AUGGAGGUUCAGCUCAUAUCUAGAAAGCUAAUAAAACCAUCAGUUCAAACUCCUUCUCACCUUCAGAAUCUGAACAUAUCAUUUCUCGAUCAGCUUGCUCCAUCACUGUAUGUAGCCAAUAUUUUCUACUACCCUAACCACCACCAUGAAAUCAUCAAAAACAUCGACAGGCUAGUGAAAUCCUUGUCCGAAAUAUUAACCCUCUUUUACCCUCUAGCGGGAAGAUACAUCAAAGAUAAUCUCUCAGUUGAUUGUAAUGAUGAGGGGGUGGAACUCUUGGAGGCCAAAGUUGAUGGAGUAGACCUCACACAAAUUUUCCAGCAGGAUCCCAAUAGUAAUCUUGAGCUGCUGGCUCAUUUUGUUCCCUGUAUAUCUGAUAGAAUUACAAUCUCGACAUCCAUCAAUGCAUGGGCUACAACAUUCCGAGAAGGUGGGAUUAGUGAUCAAGUUCCUCGUCCAAGAUUUUAUUGCUCAUUUCUCUUCCCACAAAGAGAUUUACGUCUCAAUCUUCCACCAGCACCAAAAGUCCAUUCGAAGAUUGUCACAAAAGUAUUUGUGAUUAACAAGGAAGCCAUAGACAAGCUGAAAUCUAAAAUUAGUGGUGGUAGCGAUUCAGGGGUCAAGUACCAUCCGUCGCGCUUGGAGGUGGUCACAACACUUGGAUGGAAGGCUCUCAUUGGUUCCGCUAAAGCACAGCGCGGACACCUGAGGGCAUCUUCACUUCUUCAGAUAAUGACUUUGAGAGGAAAGGUGAGUAUGCCUUUACCUGAAAAUGCUUGUGGAAACAUGUAUAUGCCUUUCAUUUCUAGAUUCAGUACAUAUGAUAAGAACAAUAAGUUAAAGUUAACUGACAUUGUGAGUCUGCUGAGGGAUGCAAAGAGGAAAGCCAUGUCAGAUUGCACAAAUGCAAUAAACAGUAAUGAUGUGUUUUCAAUGGACAACAAAUCCGGAGAUGGAAUUGAGGCAUGGAUGAACUUAAAGGAAAUUGAUAUGCUUCACUUCCAACAAGAUCCAGACAUCUUGGCCUUGACCUCCUCACAGGAGUAG